AUUUACUAUAUUUAAUAAGAAUAGUAAAGAAAAAAAAAACGUAAAGUUAAACAACAAACAAAUAACUACAAACUCGGUACUGCCUAUUCGUAAUGAUGCAUUUAAACGCAGAUAUAUCUAGUGCCCUUCAGCUUUUAGAAGAUAUAAAACACACUGUAGAUGAACUCGAUGAUUCGAGAUUGCUAGCGAACACAACGACCGACCUGAAUCUGUUGAUUUCCGUUUUGGAGAAUCCCAUUUUUAGGAGUAUAGUAACAGUGCAAGAUUCCUUGAGCGAAUUAAACCAACAAUUGGGUCAACAUCCAUCAAUAUUACCAGUGGAUUUUGAUAUAACACCAGCUGGUGAGUUAGCAUUGAAUGUACCACCAGGAGGAGACCUCUACGAUGCUGGAUAUGGAGAUGACUAUCAGCAUCCAAGGGACUUUGAUGAGCAGAGGGUGCCUUCAGCACCAGUGUCACCAGGCUCACCACAGCUUCAUAGCUUUACAGUCAAUGAAGAUAAGCUGAUGAUGCUGGAUAGAAAACCACUGCUGGAACAGGUUCUGUCACAUGAUAAAGUGCAAGGUCUGGUGCCUAGGGUUGAAGAGGAUUCCAUUCAUCGUUCUCCUUCUGCUGUUAGUGAUGCUUCCAAGGCUGGGUCUGAUACUCUAUCAAACACAGAAUGGGCCCAAGUGGAAGCUAUAGAGCUGGUGAAUGAUGGCACAGGCUUGGGAUUUGGAAUAGUUGGUGUAAGAACAAUGGGAGUUGUCGUUAAAACGAUAAUACUAGGAGGAGUUGCUGACCGCGACGGUAGGCUAAAAAGUGGUGAUCACAUUUUACAGAUCGGCGAUGUAAAUUUGCACGAAAUGGGAUCCGAGCAGGUGGCUACUGUAUUAAGACAGUCUGGGACUCACGUCCGUUUAGUAGUCGCUCGACCUGCAGAUCUGACCUCCGAAUACUUGAGCAGCACCGCUCCUCUGGUUCCUACGAGACUCCUAACAGAACCCGCUGAAUUGGAUUGCUACCUCAUACAGAACAAUUGCGAAGCGAUAUUCCAAAAACAGCACGAAUACAAAGAGUAUUUAUUCGAUUUGCCGGCGAAGAGCUACAAAGGACUUUCGCGUAUCCCGGCUUCGCCGUCGCUGCCGCUGUUGAACCUGGACAUGGCCAUGAAAAUGCCGGAGAUGGAGAAGUUCACCGUAGAGCUGAAGAAAGACGCAAACGGUUUAGGCAUCACCAUCGCUGGUUACGUAGCCGGCUGCGAAAAAGAGAAAUUGUCUGGGAUUUUCGUGAAAAGUAUCAGCAAAGGAAGCGCAGCCGAUUUAAGCGGGAAGAUCCAGGUCAAUGACCGGAUUGUUGAAGUGGACGGCGUAUCGCUUGAAGGCUACACAAACCAUGAUGCAGUUGAAGUGCUCAAGAGUAGUGGUGGUGUGGUCAAGAUAGCAAUAGAGAGAUAUCUUCAUGGCCCCAAGUUCGAACAGCUGCAACAGGCAAUUGCCGCCGAUGAAACCAAACCAACACCCUCUAGUCCACCAAAACCACGAUUUCCAAAGGAACGAAAGGAUCUGGAAUUUGCGCGCGAAAAUUCGAUAACUAAGGAACCGAUCGAAGCGAAAAACGAACAUUUGAAUCUUUUACACGAUAAGCAAUAUCAGUGCGAGUUAACGCCAGCAAUAGAGGAGGCAAUCAUGUUGAAGUGGUCGGAGAUAUUCAAGAGUAAGACGGAGAUUGUCGUGGCACAGCUGACUAAGUUCGCGGAGCGCGGUGGCUUGGGUAUAAGUUUGGAAGGUACGGUUGACCUAGAGAACGGACAGGAGGUCAGGCCGCACCACUACAUCCGGUCCAUACUGCCAGAAGGACCGGUGGGCAAAAAUGGAAAGCUGAGAUCAGGCGAUGAACUACUUGAAGUAAACGAACACAUGCUUCUAGGCAUGAACCAUCACGAGGUGGUGAGCAUCCUCAAAGAGUUACCUCUGCACGUCAGAAUGGUAUGUGGGAGAACGCCCAACAGUAUCUCUUUGAAGCAGCCAGAUCAGAUCCAAAAUAACAUCAACGAACGAAAUGGACUCGGCGGAAGCCUUCAGAAUCUGGUGUCCGCUUCCGAUAGACUAGUCAAGGCCAAGUCUGACGGAUCUAUAGCAACCGCAGCUGCAACAACAGAGAUCUCCUUCAACAAGAUCAAGUCUAGAUCGCUGGAACCGCUCACCGGUCUGGCAAUGUGGAGUUCCCUGCCGCAGAUCAUAGAAUUGGUUAAGGGUGAGAGAGGUCUUGGUUUUUCCAUACUCGACUAUCAGGACCCUAUUGAUCCGAACAAUACCGUUAUCGUUAUCCGGAGCUUAGUACCGGGCGGUGUCGCACAAUUAGAUGGUAGACUUAUUCCGGGUGAUAGAUUGUUAUUUGUUAAUGAUACUGCAUUAGAGAAUGCUUCCUUGGACCAAGCAGUACAAGCCUUAAAAGGGGCCGCGAAGGGUGUCGUUAGGAUAGGUGUAGCUAAACCACUGCCAAUUACUGAUACUGUUGCCUUCAAUACGCAACAGAAUGCAGAUAUUGAAUUAGAUACAAAAUCACUAGUUCUCAAUUACGAUUAAACAACAAUAACUAAUCAUGUCUUAUUUAGGUCACGGUACUUCACACCACUAUCGAUCCUCUAUAUUUACAUCUUGUGGACUUAAGCAAUAAGUCAUUCUCCCACAGCAAACAUAUUACUAUAAAUCGAAAACAUCAAUAAUCCUUCCUUCGCCAAAGAUCACAUAACAACUAUAUACAGGAUCGUUAGAUGCAGCUGAAAUGUUCUUUAUUGGAAAUCAUGUUUCCAUGAUCAUAUUCGUAAUUCGUAUUAUUCAAGUACAAAACUGUAAAUACUACUACCAAUCCGAUACGCGAAAACUAAGGACAGAUUUGAAGAACCGAGUCUUAUAACAUACAAAUCAAUAUAAAUAUAUAUAUAUACAGACUAUUAUUAUAUAAUUCAAUCUUUAUUUCACCGUUUCUUAUUUAUUUCUUACGACGUUAUUGGACAAGUUAGUUAUUGCUAGAAUUCUAUUCCAAAAAUUUUAGAAUACUUCUUUACUUAAAUACACUUGUUACACAUUUAUUACUAUAUACAUAUAAAAAACAUAAUAUUUAAUAACAUAUUCACGAAUUAAUAAUAAUUGAAUAACAAUAACGAGGAACUGGUGUAAAGAUCUAAUAAUUCAGCAUUCGUUGGCGCAUUGAAAGCCGUAUUUUUCGAUUGCGAUUUUUAACUAUUAAGUAACUCCUCAACAAAUCAUCUAGAAAAGAAAAAAAA